AUGAAACAAAAUGGCGACCUCCUUGGGAUUGAAUGCUUUACGACUCUCCCUUUCUGUCUUGAGACCUUCGUCUUGUGCAGUUGUUCCAUGUCAACUUACUGUGGCUCAUAAAAGCCACAAUGCCACUCAUGUCAUCAACUAUAGAAGGACAAGGGCUGAAAUGGCCAAGGCUAUUAGAAGAAAGCAAAAUUUCCUUCAUUUUGAGCUUGUAGACAAGCACAGGCACUCACCCCUACAGACGGGAACAGAAAAUAUUUCGCAGGAGACAGAAGUGACUGCUCCCAGGAAUUACAGAUAUGUUAUGCCAGAGUUCAUGCCUCGACCGGACUGGGAGAGAAGAGACAGGGUGUUGGAGAAACUUGAGCGUAGAGACAUGAUGAGGAGAAGGGCCAUCAUGAAUAUUCCGGAAUUCUAUGUGGGUAGCAUAAUGGCGGUGACUGUUGCCGAUGCUUAUGCCCCUUCCAAAAAAAACAGAUUUGUUGGUAUUUGUAUAGACCGAGGAGAAUACGGGCUCAAGGCAUACUUUGUCCUCAGGAAUGUUGUGGAUGGCCUAGGAGUGGAAGUAAUGUAUGAGAUGUACAACCCAAAAGUUCUCUCCAUCGAAGUCCUCAAGCUGGAAAAACGUCUGGAUGACCAGCUGUACUAUCUGCGUGAUGCGCUCCCUGAGUACAGCACCUUCAGCUUCGACAUGGAGCCCGUGCAGCUGCCAAAGGGGGCUGACGUGCCUCUCAAUACUACCAAGGUGAAGCUGAAACCUACCAAAGAGUGGGAGUGUAGGUGGGAGGCCCAUGAUCUACAGGGUGUUCAACCCUUCGAAGUCAAUGAGAAGAGGAUGAGGAGGAAAGAAAAGUCUGCUGAGCCAUGGAAGAAACACGACUUGAUGCUUGACUACCGAAGCAGAGUGCCGGAGGAGGAAGAAGAGCAGGUGAUGGCAGAAGUGUUCAGAGAGAAACAAGUUAUCGACUCUCAACGCAAGAGUAUGAGGACCGUUCUCAAGAAGAGAAAGUAGAGAAAAUGUGUGAUGUUUGAUAAUCUGAGAGUGUACCCAUUUCUUGAUUGAUUUGCUGGGAUUGUUGUGUGUUUGUGUAACAGAAGUGGAGAAAAAUUUUGAUAUUCAUGUAAAGGCUGAUAUACCUGGCAUUGUUGGGAAGAAAGUAUGUGUUUGUGAUAAACAGAAGCUGUGUUAUAGUUUAAUGAGAAAGUUAGAUUGGAGAACGAGAGAUAGUGGGAGGAAAGGAACAAUGAGAGAACAUGAGAGAGAGGGAGAUCGUUUCUCUUCCUGUUUACCUCGUGAAUGCCAUCUGAGCAUGUGCUAUUAUGAGUAUGUAAGCAUGUUCAUAAAGUCAUGGCCUUUUGGUAGCCUAAAUUCUUCCUGGGGAAUGAAUGAGAGAGAGACAGACGGAGAGAGAGAGAGAGAGAGAGAGAGGGGGGGGGGGGGGGAGAGCAGGAGUAGAGAAGCAAGGAUUGAGCAAGAAAAUUAAAGGAAAAAUCAGAAUGACAAAGAUGCACAUGGACUUUGUAACGAAAUGAAAGCAUAAGAAGAGAUAAAGCGACCUCUGUACUCUUUUGUAAGGAUGUGUCACAAGUCUGAAAUAGAAACUUUGUGUGAAGCUUCUAGGAAUGAACUAGCUUCUGGUAUGACAAAAAAUAAUGUUAAGUCAAAUAAAGUGUUUGACAAUUGUA